AUGGGCGAUCAUCCGCCAGGCUUUGACACCCCAAAGGCCGAAGGAGGCUGCUUUAAUUGUGGUAGCCAGCUUCAUUUCGCCUACGCAUGUCCUGAACCGACGCGCAAGGAGCCACACGGCGCAGAGGUCUUUCGCCAGCGACAAGCAGCCAAGAGCAUGCACAGUCACGGUUCACAGGGCUCCCCGAACAACCGGUCUAAGGGACUGGUGAUAACUCGAUAUGGCCCACCUCCCUCUCAAUACCCUCCUCCGGCUCCGCAAAACGCAUGGGGGCCUCCUGGCGGCCCUUAUCCUCCCCCAGCCCAGCCUCCCAACCCAUACGCACAACAGCCGCCUGCACCUUACCCUCCGCCGCCCCAGAGCGUACCGCCGUACCCACCUCCGUACCAAAACGUGAAUCCGCCGCCAGGCGUCUACGGACCACCGGUCCCUCCUCCCCCGGCUCCUGGCCCAAGCUAUGGACAAUACAGCCAACCAUCAUACCCUCCACCAGCCCUUCCUCAACCUUACGCUCCUCCGGGGCCAUACGGGCCGCCCUCCUACGCCCCUCCGUACCAGCCGCCAAAUCCAGGGUAUAGUGGUGCGCCUCCACCCAGCUUCCCGGGACAACCGCCUCUUCCAGCACCACCUCCUGCUAGCUAUCCGCCAGCAUACGGCAGUUCUGCUCCUCCAGGUCCACCACCAGGGCUCCCGUCAGGAAUUCCCCCAGGUCUUCCCCCGCCUCCUUCCACUUCAUACCCACCAGCUCCGUACUCAUCCGGCUACGAGCCCCAAGGGGCAUACCCAGCCCCAUAUCCACCACCACCACCAAGUCAAAGUUGGCACCAGAGCUCUGCUGGCCACAACCAAUCACGGCCUAGAGACCAUCGAGACCGGCGCAACGAUCGUGACAAAGGUGGCAGGAAUAAGCAGUCCGGCCGGGGUAACGACAGACAUCAGCGCGGUCGUGAUCGUCGAAAUCAAGGGCCGGGUACGCGUUCCUCAUCCAAUUCUCGCCAGCGGACCCCCAGAGUUGAGAGCGAGAAGAGGGAGGACAGCGUGAGGACGACACCCCGGAUUGAAGACGUGAAGGUUGACGAGAAGGACUCCGAAGCUGACGAGGAGUUUUCAUGGGAUCUGGAGAAAGCCUUUAUUGAACUGGAUACAAAGCCAGCCGACCCUGUGGGGAAGCCUCUUGCAGCAGACUGGAGCGACGAGCCAACUAUACCUCCGGCAUAUAAUGCCAAGUGCGUCAAGUCCGCAUUCUUUGACCCGGAAAGCCCAGACUCGUUGAAAUUGUCGGUCCGGGAAUCCAAGCUGUGGCCCAAAGUCAAGCGAGAUCCCGUUUUUCGGUAUCGACGUGGUAUGGUCGUCAUCCGCUUUCCAGGAGCAACCCACGAAUAUUUCACGUAUCAUUUCUCUCGCAAGGUCGAGACUGGGUCCUUGACUGAUAGAGAGGUCGUAACGCGGGGACCCAGCGAUUCAAGUUUGAAUGAUGCUAUCAGCCCUCGGGUCCAUCAUCCCGCUGGAAGUCCCGUCAAAGAUGGGCAAUUUGUCUCUGAGUCAAGCAAUGGCAAACGAGGCCAUGAGAAUCCUGACGGAAACGCAAGGGAUAUCAAGCGCCUCAAGGUUCAGCCGGAGAGAAUUGUGCACAGUCUACCACCACGACCGGUGUCGCCGCGCCCACGGUCACGUUCGCCGGCGCGGAGCACAAACAUCAAUGUCAGCCUUGAUCCUUGGUCUCCGCAACCGGAUGAGGCCGGACGGCCUGAUUCCAGAGGCCGUUACUCUCGUUCGCCUGGCGGAUAUCGCCUGCAGAAGGAGGACUCGAACAAAGGCCAUUUCACUCCCCGUGACUCAACACAGCGCUACGACUCGGGAUACCAAAGCGGGUACUCGGGCGACAGGGGCAACCCCUAUCGCGAGAGGAGCCGUAGCAGGCGCCUCUCCCCGCCGCCCUCGCGCCCAGGCCGUGACGACCGUGGCCCCAGCCGUGACCAAAGUCGCGACGACCAAACCCCACGCAAAUGGUCUCCAUCAUACGCCAAGGCACGAGCCCGGACACGCUCGCCUACGCCAAUCGCUGCCACCAGCGAUGCCGAGUCUGCAGACCUGUCGGACCUGGAGUACGAGCUUCUGGGUAUGGAGCGACCCGAGAAGAAGAAGAAGAAGACUGCACCAAGCAAAUCGGCGGUGAAGAGGCGGCAAGUCAAAUUGAACGACGCCUUUGGCCGUCGUUGGUGA